AUGGAGACCAUCCAGCAGUGCAACUCGCCGUAUCUGCAGCAACUGCUCGCCGUCUCAGAUGUCGACUCGACCAGUCCCAAGCUUGUGCUCGAGUACAUGGACGGUGGGGAUUUGCGCAGCUACCUCGACGCCAAGCGACUCGGUGAGCCCACCAAGGUGAACGUUUCAUCGCUGCACGUCGCGUGGGUCAUUGCGAAUGCGCUCGCCGAUCUGCACCACAACGGCGUCUACCACCGCGACCUCGAGAGCUACAACGUCCUUCUCUCCUCGACCAACUACAUUAAAGUCGCAAACCUCGGCAUUGACCUCGAGUCGGACGCAACGACGGGCAAGAGCACACCGUACUGGACCGCCCCCGAGGUGCUUGCGUCGACGAGCAACUACAGCUUUGCUGCUGAUAUCUACUCAUUUGGCGUCAUUUUGACCGAGCUGGACACGCUCCAACUUCCAUAUCACGACGCCAAGGGCCUCGGGUACUGGGGUAUCAUCGACGGCGUGCGACUUGGCAACCUCCGUCCGUCAGUAAGCGCAACUUGUCCGCCGUGGCUGCGAGACCUCGCCAACGCCUGUCUGUCGUUUGACCCGACGCAACGUCCGUCGGCGCUCAUGAUUGUCCAGUCGCUCCAAAAGCUACUCUAUCGCAGCGAAGAAGAAAAGCUUUCGGCGCCUGCCGUGCGUGAACUCGAGACCAAGUUGGUCGAGCCUCGUGCUGUGAGCAGCCCUGUCGCAACCAUAUCUGCCGAGAACCCACAACCUUUGAUCAAGCCACCGACGAGCGAUGUGGCCAGCGACGCCGAUACCGCGCCCGUUGCCGUCACGCCCACAACGUUGAUCGCAUCGACAGUGUCUCCGACGAUCUCAAAUGCCAAGUCUGUGAGCACGCAAAUCGUGUGUCAGCUUUGCCGUGUCUCCAACUCGCUUCUGCAGACGCACUGCCAAGGCUGCGCGAAAGAACUCGCUUCUGUUGCGUCCAAGCUCAAGAUGCUGCUCAAGCGUCUGGCUGUUGCCAAGAAGAACGGAUUUGAGAUUGAGGACGACUAUUUCUGUGGCGGCUGCGAGUCAUACCAACCGAUGAAGGCGACCUCCUGUGACGAAUGCGACGAUGCGCUUCCAGACGACCCCGAGAAGCUGCGUAUCCUUGUGCUGCGCAUCGAGCAAGCGACCACGUCCAAGGCCUAA